UACGCGCACCUUGUAUGCUCUUGAUAGUGGACGCACACCUUCACUGCCCUCGGGGAAUCACUUGUUGAUGAACGAGGUGACGCUACCUGAGUCGGCCAGCAUCAACACCUCGCGGCCUUGAAUCCACGCCCAGAGCUGGAACGCCUUCGGGAACACCCCUCUCGUCAUGGCUGAUCGCGAGAUCGCCAUGACUGCAUCCUAUCUUGGCUCCUCUGGUGGUGUGUUCUAUAGAUCAGACGAUGCGUUGAUGCCGAACAGCUCCAGCAACUCCUCCACCAUGUCGAAUUGCACCGAUGUGGGGCAAACAUUCUCGUGGCCCCAGCGCUCACCGCACUUGAAGCAUAACCCCCUUGCUCUUCGAUAAUCUCAUAGGGUCUUGAUCUUUGUUGCUUCCGCCCGGGCCGUGUCGGUCCCGCGCCAACCGGUCGCCCCUUCUUGCAGUGGGUUGCGGGCCGAUGGAGGAGGAAGCGGCAGCGCUGCUGGAGGUCAAAUUGGCGCCUCUGGUGGCUGCGUCGCCGGUUGACGGGACGGCUCCAUGUACACCCCAUAUGCCACUUCUUCUUACAGUAGUGCCAAGGCACACGCAGUGUCCAGGGCUGGUGGUCGUUGCAACAUGACCACCACCCAGAUGUCCGGCCUCAGUCCGUUGGCCGGGAGGAGGCGGCGUCUAGAAGGACACCGCCAUCGUCCCCCAUUGCAGAUGGAACAAGUCAUGGUCAUUGGACCCGCGAGGUGCAUCUAUCGCGCCUUCAGCAGCACGAGGAGAUGUGCUACGAGUUGCUGGUGGUGGCGCCAUGGGAUCCAGUGCCUGGGUUCCCCCGCCGUUGGCGUCGUUGGUGUCGGGUCGCCCUUGUUGGAGUGCGGAUACAGCAUCUCCCAGAUCGGCGACGCGCCGCUCCAGAUCGGGCCGCCACGCUGCCAGGUCAUCCAGGCGGGUGGUGACUGCCGUGACGGCCAUCGUGUUGGCCUCCAUCGUGGAGGUGAGCUUGUCAGAGUAGGUCCUGGUAGCCGGAUCCAUGUGCUCCAGUUGCAGUUGCACUUGGCGAAGAUUUCGUGUCUCGAUGAACUACGCCAGAACGCGCGACGGGAAGGGUGGUGGUGGCGACUGAUACCAGAUGUUGAGGAUUUGGUGCCGCUGCCCCUAGCAGGCCCAAUGGUACUACUUUCGACUCGCUGGGCGAAGCAUAUGAUUUCUACAACUUGUAUUCUUGUGAAAAAGGGUAAACCUGGUGCGGAGAACACACGGUCCUGCCUUUGCAAAUGCCCGGCACUCAAUAGGUUGAUGCGGAUGGAGGACAAUACGUGGUAUAUUGCUGAUCCUCGGGAGAGUCACAAUCAUUCGCCCCGCCAGACUUUGGCGAGAUGAUACACUGGCAUUGCACAAGCACAUUGAUGUGUAAAGUAGAGACCUGAUAAAGGAGCUGAGGCGGAACAAUGUCAACCUUCUGAAGGUUUAUAAACAUCAUAGGCAGCUUUUUUGGAUCUAUGGAAAAUGUGUCGUUCAUUAAGAGGUAUUUGCGAAAAUCUGUGUGAAACGAUAAGCAGAAAGCAGGCAGAUGAUAAUGUGAGGAAGACGAUGGAGGUUUUUGCAAAAAUUGGGGCAAAGGAUCCACACUUCAAAUUGGAGUACAGAGUUCAGCCUGACAACGAGGGCAUGAUCAAGAACCUAAUGUGGGCAAGCGGGAGCAACAUGUUGCAGUACACAUUUUUCGGCGACAUCAUAACAUUCGGCACCACAUACAGGCCCAAUUUGUACGACAUGCCUUCGGCCUAUUUGUUGGUGUCAAUAAUCAUUUCCAGAAUGUCAUGUUGGUUAGGGUGCUUGUACAUGAUGAGCCCGCAAAGAGUUUUGAAUGGGGUUUCUCUAAAUUUCUGAGAAUGAUGGGCAGCACAGCGCCGAUGGUUGAAGUAUAUGAGGCUACAAUUUGAUAGAGAGUCGGAAGAGAAUUAUGUUUAAAGAAUAUGUGCCUCCAGGUAAUCCAAUGCAUAUAUUUGUGGACUUGGAACAUGUAGCCACAACUUCAAUUAGCAUGAGUCGAAGGUGAAAUCUGCCAGGGCAGAGACCUUUGCAGCGGCGGAGGAAAUGUUGGAUUCCAUCAUGAAGACGGUCUGCUACAGGUUUGUUUUGAAGCUAUGAGCGGCUAGACCCGGAGGUAUUUUUUGUUGGCAGAAGCUCUUGUUCACUGGCUCAAGAAUAUCCUAUCGGCAGCAUGUGUUUUAUAUGGGAUUCAUAUUUUUGCUAACUGCUAUUACUCAUAUAUAUGUGGAAGAUAAAUGAAAAAGCCAUUCCUACUGUACCGUGAAGAACUAUCUUUGUGUUAACCAUACCUUAUUGAUGCCUGUUCUAGUGUGAGAAGCCGCACUAGUGUGAAACCAACUGCUCGGAGAAAGUUCAUCUGCAUUUAUUUUUUAUUGCUUUAGGAUUCAUAUGUUGCUGGUUCACAGUUUUUAUUGACUACCUGGUAGUAACCUUCAAAAAUUAGCCUUGUCGUGGUGUAAAUUGUCGUGUUUAUUUUGCUUCGAAAUAACCAAACAAACAUAUCUGUGCUUGAAUUGCAGUGACCCUGUUCUGUUUAAGCCAUCUUUCAGAGAAAGGAAACUGCAUCUGUAAUUCAUUUGUUUUUGGAAUGGUUAAUCAUUUAGCUGAGUAUAGUAUUCAUGUAUGGAAAGGAUGCAACCUAGUCCAACAUAAUUGCUUGCACAACAGUAGAUGAAUAAGAAAUUAUAUGUUUCGUUCUCUUAGUUUUCCCGCUGCCUCCUUGUUUUUGGGUUUAUUUAUUUUUACCAGUGGCUAAGAUAAAA